UGUUUUCAUGCAAAAGUGCUAUUCCUCACUGCGCAAAUAAAGUAGUCAGAAAAGUGCAGUCCUAAUUCGAAUGUAUCUUUAUAAGGUUUAUGGUAUUUUAUCCUAAUAGUUCCUCAACAGAGCGCUCGUCCACAGCUCCGAUGAGAAAAAUAUAAACUAUCUUAUUUGCAACCUUCGUCCGAACCCGUUCGAUCGCAUCAAGUUUCCAGGCCGAACAUGUUCGGUUACGAACUGUUGGCUGACCGAACAUGUUUGAUUACGAACCGUUCGGCACCGAACUAUUGUUGCACGCCUAAUGACGAUUAAUUUUUUUUCGCAUAGGUUUUUGUUCAUCCUAUCAAUGUUACAGUUGUAGAUCGGAGAACAAUACAAAUUGUCGAGAUAACUUUAAUUCAGCUGGUAUUUCGAAAGAGGAAGCCGGUGAAAAACAGUGUUAUAAAGCUAAAAAUCACAAGCUAAAUUCGGUCGUACGUGGUUAUAUUGGUGAUGCUGCAUCGUUUGGAGACACCUGUCCAAAUAAAUGUGAAGACGGAAAAGUAGAGGGAAUGGAUGUAACUGCUUGUUGUUGUGUGGGAGAUUUAUGUAAUCAUGGCGAUCAUAGAACUAAUCCAUGGGGAAGUUUUAGUGUAGAUAAAACGGCAUGUACACCCGUAAAUAUGAAUGUGGCCGCACGUAAUCAUCGGAAAAUGUAUCAGUUGAAUCAACACAUAUUGAAUCGUUCAUUUUUAUCACCAUCAGUUGAACGUCAAAUAGCAGAAAUGUUUGCUGGUGAAGGACAACAGUUGAAAAUGAAACAAACAAUUGAUCAUCGACCAAUACAAUUUUCAUAUUUAUGUCAGUAUUUAGUAAAACAAAAGUCAACAUGUUUAAAUAUUCAACAUUUAUCAAUGAGACCAGAAGAAAAAGAAGUUUUAAUUCCACCAUUUACGGUAUUUAAGAUUAUUAAAAAAUAUGCGCGGAUAAGAAAAAUUUUCGGCAAAGCAAUAAUGCCUGUAACGAAGGCAGAAACAACAUACAUUUCUCAAUCUUCUACACGGCUCCGAUCGGGACGUGCACGAAACAAAAUUCAGAGAUGCCUUUGUCUUCGGGCGGAUGUCAUUUUGUGA